UAGAUACGUACGUAUGUAGAUACAUAUAUCGUGUUUUGCGGUCAAGUUGAAUACGUUUGUUUCUAAAGACCAAAUUCGUUGGCGAAUUUUAGUUUCGAUUUGACAACGGACGCGUACGUUACAGCGACGGCUGAUAGCAAAUUCUUGCAGUCAAUUAUGAGAGUGCUUUUGUCUCCAAAUGCGCUUAUCGCGGUCCUAGUUAUAGGGCUGCUUUGUUUCCGUUCAAAUGCAUAUGUGGAGAAUCCAAAUUUUUGCAUUGUUACUCAGCCCUUGCUGUUGAGUGAGAUAGAAAAGCCUCUUAUAAAACCACAGUCCCAAGAAGAAGUCUGUCCCAUAACGGCUAGACUUUUGACAACGAAGGAGAAGGAUAGUUUUAUUGAUACCAUGUGCAAGGAUCAUAGCGGCACUCUUCGGGACAACUACCAUUUCUUCAAGCUACACAAUGGGGAGUUGAGUGGGCGUGGCACCUAUCAUGAUAUAUGCAGAAAUAAUGCAACUUCUGUGCUCGCUUGGAUACCCUACAAGACAAUCUUGGAGAAUUAUGCUGCCGAGCUAAAUCCAAAAGAGCGUCUCAGCUAUAUAGCGAAAGCAACAAAUGUGGAGCGGGAAAGGACGGAACUUUGUCAUUUUCGACACACCGAUCUUGUAAACAAUAUCUCCGACAAUUUAUUCACCUGCAUUGUGAUGAUUUUCGAGGACAAUUUUUACGGACUGGAGGACAACAUAAAUGCGCUGGUUGAGAUUCAACCUCUGAUGUACCAACUACGCAAUAUUAACUAUAUGCCCUGGCGUAAUGUCACCAACAGCUAUAAGACGCGACUGGGUAAUGGAGUACUAAAGAAUCACAAUGUUGAACGAAAACCAAUCUACUCCAGCAUUAACUAUGAAUUCGUCGAGAAGUUGAGAGUGAAUACGAGCUCUAUUUUAAGCGAGAACUUGUCGAAUUUGCCGCUGCUAUUUGAGCAUCGCGGCUCAGUGGUGGAAUUGAAUUCCGAUGGUGUAGGGGGAAUGAAUGUGCAGGAGAAGGCUUUCUAUGGACGCACCAUGGAUGGAGAAAGUGAGGUUCAGGUGCAAGUAAUUGGCCAGUGGACAGAUCAGCAGCGAGAGUUCAGCGCGGAUAUCUAUGAGUACUAUGGACAUGGCAUAAGCCACAUAAAGCAGAAAUUAAAAAGCGGACAGGUAACAUUUGUGCGCAUAGAUAGCACAGAACCAGUCUUUGAGGCUCCCGAAUCAGGAAAUGUGGCUAAGGCAUCGCUAUUCAAAGAGCCUUCAACAUCGGCUCGACUGACUCUUAAUGGCACAAAUAGCACCGAAUGGGAGGAUGACGAUGAAGAGUGGGAUAACCAGAGCAGUGGAAAUCCAUAUCCGAGUUUUUAUCCAUGGUUUGUGAUCAGUUGCCUAGUGUUAGCCGCUGUCGUAGUGUUUGCCCUUUACGGUGUGGUGCGUAGUUACAGCAAAAGGGACACAAAUAGGCAAAAGUACGAGCUGGCCAACAAGAGCCCUCAAAAUAACGUUGAAUGUUAACGGUUCUUACUAUUCCAGAGCCAUUUGUGCGAAUUUCAAUUAAACAAGUUGACAGCGCCAGCAGAAACAGAAA